AUGCUCACUGCUGUGUUUUCUGCAAACUCUGAACUGAAAACAAGGAGUUCUUCUUAUCCGGAGAGCCUCGGGCCCGCCCCAUUAAAGAAAUACGGCGUUUAUAUGGUCCAAGGCCUGAGUGUGGUGUGCGUGUACGUGUGCUCGUGUGUGGGCUCAUAAUAAUUGGUUUAGCAGUUGCGCUAACUGGUUUCUCUGUCGCUUGCCGCCCGAACGCUACGGUAAGCAUUCUGAAGCGACGAUGGGCUCGACUGGCGCCUCGGCGACCUACCACGCGUACGGCGAGCUGAUCCGCACCGCUUCCAUUCAUCCUCUCAUAAGGUUCGUCGUACAGGCUUCCUUUUCUUUUCUUUCGGGUUUUCAAAAAUCUUUUUACAUACUUGUGAGAUUGCAGAACUAAGAAUAAAACUAAAAACGGUUUUAUCUUUCAAAGCUUCAUUAGAACCAUAUAAAUACUGUAGUGGCGAUAAUUCUCAAACUUUGUAAAUUUUUCUUAUUGUUCGAAGUUUGAAGGUCAUAGCUUUGUAGUGGUUUCACAGUAUAAAAAAACGUCUUGUCUCUUUUCCAACUUUUCAUUUCCUUGCGACGAAUUAUUUUUUGCUGAUAAGUUUUUGUCAUGAAUAAACGUGUUGUAUUCAAUCAAAAAAACAUAAAGAUGCAGAAUGAAAUGGAAAAUUGAAAAAAAAAAAUGAUAAAUUUUCUGACCACAUAUUUUUCAUAACCUUUUCUCAAUUUUCAAAAAAUUAAUUAGACAAUUUAAUAAGGGUUUUAAGCAUAGAACCGUCUUCAGUGUUAUUCUCAGUCAUGCGUCUUCAAAAAGUUCAGUAUAUUAGCAGAAAAAUAUUUACUCGUGGCUUUCCCCUUUUUAGAAUUUGACAAAAUAAAAAUGUGGUAGGUUUUUUUUUUCAUCAAUUUUGAUGAGCUUCGAUAAAUUUAUCAAAAACCGCUUCUUGAAUAAUGACAUCAAUGAAAAUGUAAGUUGAAUGUGUUAAUAAUUAAUGAACCUAAAAAACUCAAUUUUAAAACUUAAAAAGCGUGCUCGAGCAAAUUUAUCACGAAUUCCUUCAGCAAAGUUUAUCAUUUAUUCAUUUUUUUCCUGAUUUCUCAUCGCCUCAAGACCAAGGUUACUCGCAUUUGUACUUUUUGAAUCUCAGUCGAUUGGGGAACUGCAGAUCGAAUUAGGGAAGAACACACCAAAAUCUGGAAGAUUUAAUUGGGUCGUCAGCCAAACAAAACGCAGUUAAGCUUCGGACAGAAAGUCUUUUGUUAGUUGCCCUAUCGACUUGAAGAAACUUGGAAGAGUUGUAUUAGAGAAACAUCAAGUAGUUGAAAAUGAAAGGGUAAAAAUGAAACUUUCAGAAGUUGUUCAAUAAAACACAACAACUUGUGCGACAAACGAAGCAGGCAACUUGACAAGGAUCAAGACGAAAGAUCAGGUCGGGUUCUUAUUUUUCAAACUUUUUUAAGUUUUUGCUAAGUAAUUUGUUCUUUUUUUAAUAAUUUCAUGAAAAAGAUUCGAGAGAUAUUGAAAAAUUCCCAAUUGCGCCCACGGCUAUUUCCGGUUUGUUUUUCCUUCAAGAUAUAGAUGUUUUACUACUUCUUUUUUUCAAGCGUUAGGGAUCUGUAAAUAUUAUAUUAAUUGUUAGAUGUUCCUCAUGAGAGAAGCAUAAAUAUCUUGGCGGAAUAGAAAAUGAUCGCCCAAAUUUUUGAGCAGGUUUCCUCACUCGAAUGAACUUUGUUGAAAUAGAUUUUUUUGAAAGCCUAAUGUGAAAUCAGCCCAGCGAAAAAAACUAAAUGUUUAUCUUUUUUUCAAUUUAAUUAUUUGGAAAAAGCUGCUACAAGCAAUGGAUCUAGACUUACUGUAACAAGAAGAAAAUCUAUUUCAGUGUUAAUUCUUUCUUUUUUUCUGUUGACCACGCAAUGAGGCUUACUAAACUGUUCGAAAAGCUGCAAAGUUUUUCCUGAAAGCAUUUCCCGGAGUUAUUAGAAGCGCAUACGUGCAUUCGUUGGGCUUCUGAUAAAAGUCACUGUGCAUCUUUCAUUUCCUACAGCGGUUCUGAGCAAACUACAGUUAGAAAUUCUUGCAAGAGAAGAUGCAGACUGAAGUUUCUCAGCUUAACUAAAACCCAGGUUUUAACAUUUAAAAUGGCCGAAAACACGGAUGGAGGGUGGGAAAAAUGCAAAUGGCAACUACUUGGGCGCGACCUUCAUAACUACUCGAUGUAGUAAGAACGUAGCUCGUAAAACCAUGGAGAUCGACUGCCCAAUCAUGCCGUCAAAACGAUUGGAAGGAAAUGUGAAAACGCAUUGCGAGCCGAUGACGACGUCGGCGGCGAGAUAGACACUGGGAUUGCGUGCCAGUCAUCUCGUGUGUCCUGGUUGCAGUCAUUGGUUGGUAUUCGGCCAGCUUGAUACUCUUUUCUGAGCCGUUCCGACCUCGUCCGUCGCCACCGGAGGCGACUCUCCGUCGGACCGUCCCGACAUGUGCGAUUUACGAUGUGCAGAUGCGCGCUGCUCGUUGCUCCUCUCGACGUCGACCUUCAACGUUUCGGCGACGUCGAGCUAUUCUCUGCACGCGGCUCUUCGCACUGUCAGUCCCGGAUCUGGAAUGUGGCGUGGAGGUUCGUCUCCGACCCUUGUGCCCCAUUCUCAAAGACAAUCGCGCAUUUUCUGUGAUUUGCGACAUUUAGUUGUCUCCCGUUCAAACUUGAGAUUUUAUUGCUUGAUGCCGCUGCGAGUAAUGGGCUUGUUGCUUCUGGAAUGUGAAAUUUUUUUCUAGUUUACUCCUCGAAGCUGGACUUUGAAACUUUAAUAAGCCGACUUUUGAGUUUUUCUUACUUAUUUUUCUGCUAUUCAAAUAAAUUAGAAAUGAAAAGAUUUCAAUAAAAAAAAUUUCGACUGCAGUCAGAUGAAUCUUAUUAAUUUUUUUCCCCAGAUUACAGAUUUUUCCUAUCAAAAAAACUUUUUUUGAUUUUUUUCAGACAUAGACCUUAUUUUUCAGCUCCUGAACACAAUAAGUUCAACCUUCUAAGUUUUGUUAGUUUCAAAUCUUAGAGUAUGAUCAGAAGAAGAAGAAAUUCGGUAGAGUUUUCGAUGGCUCAUGAGUUUUGAAUGCCUUCCAGUGCCGUCGAAAAACGGCUAACCAACGUGAGACCUUUUUUGAAGUUUUAUUUAACAGUCAACCAAGAAGUUUGAGGUUAUAAUUAAUUUUGAGAUGAUGAUUCAAUGAGUUUUUGAACUUAUCUCUUCAGUAAGCUUUUCAAUUGUGGAAAAGAUCUUGCAAAAUAUCGGAUGAGAGUUUAGAAAACAUAUUGAAACUGAGGUGUCGUGAACACUUCCUAGCACGUAAAGUGUUCCACUAGGCAAAGAAAAAUGAAAUUUAAGACGUAUUAUUGUGAAAAUAAGCUUGCAUCUCAAAAUAACGCGCCUUGGAAAACCUUAUUUCUUCGCGUUCUAUCCUGACUCCUGUCUAUUGGAUUGGAUUUUGGCAACGUGUAACAGGAAAAGAGUGAUUUCUGGCUGAGUUGUUUUGGGGGAAAAGAAUGGCUGAUGAUACAAGACUGCCGAUGAGGACAUCACCGAUUAUCGAGAUUUCACGGCGCACUGGUUGAGCUCCCUUGAGACUUGUUAUUCAUGUUCGGUCGUCGCAAUAUUGCAUUUUAUGAAAGGCCCGCCGCAAAACUGUGAACUCAAAACUUGCUGAGCAGCAUGUUUGCCGAGUGGGCUCGAUCCGCGCACUAUCGGAUCCACGCCGCUGCACCGGCUCACAUUGCCCUCCUGCCGUUUUUCACUGCCGCCGCCCAAAGCUACAGUAAGGCCUUUAUUUUCCUUUUAAACUUCUUUGAAACUUCUUUUAUGUGAGAAAAGAGCUUUUCGGGAACUCUUGAGAACCUCAGCAUCGCUUAGAAAUAUUCAGCCAAGCAGCGAAUUAAUUAUGAGGCUGUCGUUAGUCGAGCGAAAAUAAAAAGAUCUGUGAUAGAUUUAUUUUCGCUGCCUCUUUGUCGGAUAUUAUUUAUGGAAUUCACAGAAAAACUUCUGAAUCGUUACGAUGUGACACAAAAAGGGAUUUUUUUCGUAAUGAUAAAAGUGGUAAUAUGUUAGUCUUUAUCACAGAAUUCUGAAAAUUUUCUUUGAAACAAGCAUCUUGAUUCAAACUUGUUUGUCGCUGAGUGCUGUACUUGAGAUAGAGUAUAACCAGAAAAAACUUGUUUUUUUUUCUUUACUAAAAUUAUGUUAUUAGUCGUUCUUGCUAAAACCUUCUACAAAUUCGAGAAAAGAUUCUGUGAGUUGAGCGUUUUCAUCACCGUGUUGUGAACGCUGUUAAAAAAAACUCCGCUCGAACUUAGUUUAAUCUUUGUUGCCAUGGAUCUUUUAACUUCUUGGGCAGACUUUUCAGAUUUUUCAAUCUGAAAGCUCAUGCCGGCUGUUUUGACAGCAGAGACUUCAUACCCCCUAAUGGAGCUCAAUGCAAAUUGAUCCGGAACAGAAAAAAAUAUGAAAAAAAUAGUGGCGGAAGUCGUCGGAUUGCUCGUCAGAGAACAGAUGGCUCGUAGUCUCGGCGACAAGAAGAAGAGAGGGGGUGGAGGGUGGGAAACAAGUGAUUUAAGCUGGUACUUGGCGACGACAAAACACCAGAGGUGUGCAUGAAAUGACAAACGCGAGUUUGUUUGGCAGCUGUCCAUUAUACGGGGCCAGGUUGUAAGGUGUAGGUGAGAAGAAGUCACACUGGACUGCCGACGGCAUCCAUGGGUUCCACUGGCGCCUACUCCUUCCGGAGACUCACCCUUGCGCACCUCAAUGAACCUGCGACUGGACCCGUCGGCGGACGUCGGAAGAGCACGACCAGCAGUCAGGUGCAGGUCGGUCGGCCUUCCAUCACCUCGGCUACCAUCGACGCACCUAUUCCUUUCUUCUUCUACCGCAAUCCACCCUCCAGACCGCCCAGUCGGCCUCCCAGCAAGCCUCCGACUAGCAAUCGCAACUCGGCUGCUCUCAGCCGACACAACACUGUUCGCUCCAUAUUUGGUGGUCAGUAG